AUGAACAUUGCCUCCAAGAAUUAUGGUGUGCUUGUUUAUGAUUUGGAAGGUAAAAAAUCACUUUCGGAAAUUAUUCAAAACUCCAAGUUGAAGGCAAAAUAUAACAUGGAUGCCAAGAAUUACUUUAACUUGAUUGAUGACUUGGAAUUCCCAACUGCUUGUAAUAAUAUUUGUUUAGCAGCUGAUGAAAACCAUUUGUGGACAUCAGGUAUCUACAAGCCACAACUCCGUUGUUUUACUCUUGAUGAUUUGUCAAUGAAAUUCAAGAGACACGUAGAUCUUGAAAUUAUUAAAAUUUGUCCACUCACUUCAGAUUUUAGAAAAUUGGCAACUCUUUGUCAAGAUAGAUAUAUUGAAAUUCAUGCUCAAUGGGGUAGUUACUAUAGAUUCAGAAUUCCAAAAUAUGGUAGAGAUUUAGUUUAUCAUGACCAUAGUGCAGAAUUGGUUAUGGUUGGCUCAUCUAAUGAAAUUUAUAGAUUCAAUCUUGAACAAGGCAUGUUUAGAAAACCAACAUUAAGUUAUACAAAUACAGAAGCUAUCAAUACUGUAAGAAUUAACCCAGUUCACCAACUUUUUGGACUUGGGUGUGAUAAUGGAUUUGUGGAAUGUAUGGAUCCAAGAUCAAAGAGAAUUAUUGGAUGUAUUGAUGCUUGUGGAUCAAUUAACACUAUGCUACCAUCAGAAGUAUCUUCAUCUUCAAUAACAGCUUUCGAAUUUGAUAAUGAUGGUAUUGGAUUUGCAGUUGGUACAAAUGCUGGUAAAGUUGGAUUAUUCGAUUUGAGAAAACAAGGUGCUGUCUAUAUUAAGGACCAUAACACUGAUUUACCACUUGUUAAAAUUGCUUAUCAUGAUUCAUCAAAGAAUAUCUUCUCUGCAGAUACUCAACUUGUCAAGAUUUGGGAUAAAUCAAAUGGCAAUAACUAUACAAACUUGGAAUUAUCGGCAAAGAUUAAUGAUUUCUGUAUAAUUCCAAACAGUGGUAUGAUUCUUGUUGGUGGUGAAAGAUCAAAGAUAAAACCAUACUAUAUUCCAAGUUUGGGACCUGCUCCAAAGUGGUGCUCAUUUGUGGAUCAAAUCACAGAAGAACUCGAAGAUUUCAAGAAGAAUACUGUUUACCAAGACUUUAAAUUCCUUACAAUGGAAGAAAUUCAAGAUCUUGGAUUGGAAGAUUUAUUCGGAACAGAUCUUUUACGACCAUACAUGCACGGUUUCUUCAUCAAGAUGUCCCUCUAUAGAAAGGCUCUC